UUAUACCGACCCCCAUUAACUCCUUACCUCAAAUGGAAAAAUGAUUGAACACAAGAUAAAAUCUGAAAGUUAAGCAACCAGUUACACACAACAGUUUGUGUGUUGAUAAUUUUCACGCUUCUACAAUGUAACAUUUUGUCAGUGUUUGUCAGUUCAGUAAGAAAGGGGCUAAAACGAUUAAGUGUGAAGUGUCUAACUGCAAAAUAGCUACUUUUCUCACUUGCUAAUGUUUAUGUGGUUUAAGGCGAUAUUUCUGCUCUUCCUCUGAAACAGGAAGAAGCAGAGACACUGCAAGAAGUGACCAGCUCCUCUCAUGAACAUGCACUCUGCUGUAGACAUGAUUUACUCUCUGAUUCUCUCUGGGAUUUUACUGCACAUCACAGAUGGAGCUGGAAUUCAGAGCAUGAAUAUUGCAGUGAUAUCUGGAGCACCUGGCAUUAUUCCAUGUCUCUAUGAUGAUACACAUAAAGAAAACCGAAAAUACUGGUGUCAGGGGUCACAGUGGAUCUCUUGCAGUAUAUUGGCAUAUGCAAAUAAUACAGGAAAAUAUUCCCUUACUGAUUAUCCAGCCCAGAGUAUUUUUACAGUGCAAUGGGAGAAUCUGAACCCCUCAGACUCUGGAUAUUACUGGUGUGCUGUAGAGAUUGGUGGCGAAAUAGACAACGGUUAUUAUUUGUAUCUGACGGUACAAUCAAACCCUGAUGUGUUUGUGGUGAGCAGCAAUGUAUCUGGACAUGAAGGUGGUGAUAUCAGUGUUCAGUGUUUCUACAGUUCUGGAUACAAGAAUGAAGUCAAACAGUGGUGCAGAUAUAAAGAUCAGAGCUGUUACACAGUGGGGAGGACUAACACAUCCCAGAAUUCAUCAGUCCAGAUCAGUGAUGAUGGGAGAAGAUCCUUCACUGUGCUGAUGACUGGACUGAGACUCACUGAUUUUGGCUGGUACUACUGUUCUGUAGGAGAUCUGCAGGUUCCUGUUCACCUCCUUGUUCAGAGAGACAAUGAAAGUAAAAGUAUGUCUGAAAGUGAUGAUGCUGGUCAAUUUCCCUCUACAUGCAAAAACCAAACAGCAAGCAAAGAUUCGGAGGACAGCAAGUGCUCCCCUAACGACCCGUCUGACCAGAUGGACUGGAUUUUUCUCCUCCUCUAUACUGCUGUGCCGCUACUUCUAUUACUGAUGCUGGUUUUAGUAAUCUGGAGGCUUGUACAAAAACACAAUGGGGCUUUGACCAAACGAGGACCAGACAUCUGUUCAGUGGCAGAAGGUCAAAAGGCUGUCACGUAUGACACUGUGGUCUUCAAGAAAGCAAACAAACAUGAACCAAACCAGGUUUCAAUUAGCCACUCUCCUGAACAAUUUGAAGUGAUCUACAGCACUCUGAACCUUCACCAAUAACACAUUAUCUCUGGCCAUUGAAAUUCUGAAUAUUACAAUCUGCAGUAAUGUCAUCUUCGUCUGUUUUACAUCAUGCAGUUUCUUUUAAAGCCGCAAAGGACGCCACGAGACAGAAAAAGAGGAACCUCCAGAACACAUUUUAGUGUUUAAAGUGUUGCACGAGGUUCACCAGAUUAUUAUUUUGCUAUUAAGAUUUUUGCCACAUCUUUAAAAGUGUCACCUAUUUUUUGUUAAGUGGUAAAAGUUCUUCUGCUGUUCUACUUUUAUUCUUAGUCAAUGUGAGAAGCAAAACUGAAACAUCUUUGCCACAUGACAGAAUGACACAAUGAGUUCAGGUCAGCUUUUAGGUCAAUGAUUAGUUAGACCACUUCAGAGAAACCUGAAAAAAUAUGCUCAUUUUAAAUCUAAUUACUUAGUAUUUGUUGUUGCAUAAAUAACUGUUCUGUUUUGUGUUUUGAGCUACUUAAUACCUUAGCAUUAUUAUUGUUGAUUGUGUAAGAUUUAGUUGUAAAACUGUCAUUUGUAGUUUAGAAAAUAUUUAAUGACUUUUCCAGUGAAUGUAUUAUAAAUGUUAUUACAUUAAAAAAAAUCUAUAUGGCUCUCA